GGCCUUGUGCCGACAUGGACGGCGUCGGGAAGCCUCUGGUCGCUGCAGUGGCGGCGGGCUCGGCCCUCACUGCCUUCUGUUACUCGCUUUACCGCCGCAAACGGGCCGCUGCCCGCUCCCUGCAGGAUGCAACAAAACUUCAUUUAGAUGAAAAUCUCAAGACUAUUUUGUUGAAUGCGCCAGGAAAAUGCCUUCCCUACGCUGUGAUAGAAGGUGCUGUUAACCCUGUCAAAGAAACCCUAAAUAGCCAGUUUGUGGAUGGCUGCAAAGGAGUUAUACAACGUCUUGUUUUACAGGAACAUAAAAUGGUAUGGAAUCGAACUACCCACAUCUGGAAUGACUGUGAAAAGAUUAUUCAUCAAAGGACCAACACUGUACCCUUUGACCUUGUGCCUACUGAUGGUAGCCCUGGCAUCUCAGUCAGGGUGAUAAAACCCUUGGAGUCCUCUGAACUGAACUUGGAAAUGAUGUAUGAGAAAUUUCACCCUGCAGUACAAACAUUUACUGAUAUAAUUGGUCAUUUCAUCAGUGGUGAGCGACCGAAGGGAGUCAAAGAGACUGAAGAAAUGCUGCAAGAUAAAGACAUCAUAACUGGGGUUGGGGAAAUUGUAUUGGACAGUAACAUUAUUAAGAUACAGCCUCCAAAGCAAGGACUCCAGUACUACUUAAGUCGACUGGAUUUUGAGUCUCUUCUUCAAAAACAGGAGUCCAAGGCAAACUUGUGGAAAAUCCUGACGAUGGUGUUUGGAAUUACAACUUGUAUAACUUUAUUUUUCAUAUUACGACAACUGUAUAAACAUUAUGUAAGGGAACAGGAACAGUCAAGGCUGCAGAGAGAAAUGCUGGCAGUGAAGAAGCAACAUUUGCAGGAGCUUGACUUGACAGAAGAUCAAAUCCCACAAAACGCAUGUGCCAUCUGUCUAAGCAAGGAACGUUCCUCUGUGUUCCUGGAGUGUGGACAUGUCUGCUCCUGUUCUGAUUGUUACGAAGCCUUACCUGUACCUAAGAAAUGUCCUAUUUGUCGAAACAUUAUCUCCAGAUUAGUCCCAUUGUACAAUAGUUAAAUAUUCAGUUUGUAAGCGGCACUGAAUUGAAAAUGCAUGUUGUUAGGAAAUUAUUAUGGGGUUGAAAGGUAAAAACAAUUUGUGUAAAAUUUUAUGCAGGACUGCAUAUACUUAUAAACGUGGUUAUUACUUUGUCUAUUUGACUUUUUCUCUUCUACAUUUUUUAUUUCCUGUGAUGGACUAUCCUAUGAUGCUGAAAUGUAUUUUUAUUCCUUUCUCCAAAAAUGAUCAUCUGCAUCUCAUAAGAUCACAAGAAAUAGAAGCAGUGCACCACUUUGAAACCGUGUCCUAUGGUCCUAGACAUCCUUAGGAGGAACAUCCUGUCAGCAUUUUCCCCUUCAUCUAAUCUCCUCAAUCUGCUGUUUCACUAAAAUCCCUCAUAUUAUGCUAAACUCUAUUGUGUAUCUGCCUAACUUUUGUCCCUAAAAUAACCCUUUCAUUGCUAGCAUUGAUCCCAGUUGCACUCCACAAGUUGGGGUUUGCCAACCUGAAAAUUACUUAUUUACCUUGAUUUUGUUUUCUGUUACCCAGUUAAUUCUUUUGUCUUGGUAAAAUAUCACCCCAAUGCUUUAAGCUGUUGUAUGGUAAAUAUUUAUGUGGAACUUGCCUUUUGGAAAUCCAAAUAUGCUAUGCCUGGUUCAAUAGCGGGUGCAGGAGGGCAUGCCAGGAGCAGCACCAGGUACACCUAAAAAUAAAGUGUCAACAUGGAGAAGCCACCAAACAGGAUUAUUUCCAUGCCAAACAGCAUAAAUAGCAAAUGAUAGACAGGGCUAAGUAAGCUACAGCUGACAGAUCAGAUCUAAGCUCUGCCUACCUGCCACAGCUAGUUGUGAAUGGUGGUGGACAAUUAAACAACUCACUGGAGGAGGUGGCUCCACAAAUAUCCCCAUCCUCAAUGAUGAGUGAGCCUAAUAGAUCAGUCUAAGAUAAGGCUGAAUUGUUCACAGCAAUCUUGAGCCAGAAGUGGAUGAUCCAGCAACACACAUACCAGUCUUUAGCCAAUUCAGUUCAUUCCAUGUGAUAUCAAGGAAUGGUUAGAGGCACUGGAUAGUGCAAAAUCUAUGGGCCCUGACAAUAUUCCAGCAAUAGUACACAAGACCUGUGCUCCAGAACUUGUUGCUUCCCUAGCCGAGCUGUUACAGUACAGUUACAACAUUGGCAUCUACCCGACAAUGUAAAAAAUUGCCUGGUAUGUCCUGUACAGAAGACCCAUUUCCAAAUACUGCCCCAUGAGCCUUUUCUCAAUCAUCAGUAAGGUGAUCCAUCCCUGUAUUAAAAUAUUUAAUGAUCCCACUUUGACUGCAUUCUGUGGCAAGGAGUUUUAAAGUCACAUGACCCAUAGAGAAAAAGGUUCUUGUUAUCCUGUCCUGAAAGGAUGAUCCAUAAUUAUAAAACAAGGCCCAGAUGUUUGGACUACCUAACAGGAGGAAACAUUCUUUCUGUAUCGACCUUGUCAAGAUUAUUCAAGGUCUUAUACUUUUUAAUCAAGUCACCCUUCAUUCUUCAAAACUCCAAUUUACCAAACGUAGCUACAAUGCCUUUCCUCCCCUCAUCUGAGUAAUUAAUGGAAAUUGUAAAAAGAUUCAACACAGAUGCUUGUGGAUUUCCAUUUAAUACAUCCUGCAUUCAGACAAACUUAUGCAUACUGUUUUUUGCUAGUCAUGCUAAUAUGUUACCCCCUACACUAUGAAUGCUUAUUUUCUGUAAUUGCUUUUGAUAUGACUCCUUUCUAAAUGCCACCUUAAAAUUCAAGUAUAGUAUGUUUACAGUCUCCUUUUAUCUAUAAUGCAAGGUACUCCUUCAAAAACUCCUACAAAUUGCUUAAACAUUAUUUCCCCUUGACGAUUCUUCUGGAUUAACUUGACUUUUUCCUAAGUAAACGCAGGUCAGUAGGGUGGUCAAGAAGGCAUACGGCAUGCUUUCCUUCAUUGGAUGGGGUAUUGAGUACAAGAGUUGGCAGGUUAUGUUACAGUUGUAUAAGACUUUGGUUCGGCCACAUUUAGAGUACUGUGUACAGUUCUGGUCGCCCCAUUACCAAAAGGAUGUGGACGCUUUGGAGAGGGUGCAGAGGAGGUUCACCAGGAUGUUGCCUGGUAUGAAGGGUGCUAGCUAUGAAGAGAGGUUGAGUAGAUUAGGAUUAUUUUCAUUCGAAAGAUGGAGAUUGAGGGGGGACCCUGGAACACGUUGCCAGUGGAGGUGGUAGACGCAGACACGUUAGCGUCUUUUAAGGUAUAUCUGGACAGGUACAUGGAUGGGCAGGGAGCAAAUGGACACAGACCCUUAGAAAAUAGAUGACAGGUUAGAGGAUCUUGAUCGGCGCAGGCUUGGAGGGCCGAAGGGCCUGUUCCUAUUCUGUAAUUUUCUUUGUUCUUUGUUCUAAAGCAGCUAUAAUGUGUUUGAUAUUCAGGUCGAACACCUUCCCCAUGACAAGCUAACUGGGCUAUUAUUUCGUAUUUUCUACCUCCGUCCUUGAAUAGAUGGUUACAUUUUCUACUUCCCAGUCUUUAGGAACUCUCCUGAAUAUAGGGAAUUUUGGAGAAUUAACAUCAAUGCAUCCACUUCCUCUUUAACAACUUUUUUUCAGGCCCUAGGAUGACGUCCAUCUGGAGAUGUCUCUGUCAGGUUAUUUGUACCACUUCUCUUGAGAUUGUAAUUUCACGAAGUUCCUUUCAUUUUCAUUCCCUUUAUUGCAAAAUCUUUAAUUACUCCUGGCUCAUUGCACGCCGCCAGACCCAAAAUAGUCUAGACCCUGGUAGGUUUUAAGAAACUGUCCUAACUACAGUCUAUGAAUUCAUCCUGCAGAUUACCUUUGCUAUGUUUAUCAAUUUGAUUUGUCCAAUCUAUAUGAAGAUUAAUGACUUAAAAGAGAAACAUCACUUUGGCUAUGGUAGCUAGUGUACUGCACCUACAUGGUGAAUUGGUUUUGAAGUCAGUGUUAGUAACCAUUUUAAGAUGUUAAUUUUUUUUCCAUUAAUCUGCUUUGGGUACGAACCAGGUUUUCUUAUACUAAUGAGUUAAAAUAAGGUUUACACAAAAUGUUCACAGGUCUGAACAUUUUUAUGCAUUUCAUUGUCUUGGUACAUAAUCUGAUCUUAUUAAAGAAAGAGUAUUGUUCCUACCAGAAACUAAAUCAUUUUGCUUUUAAUCAUGCACUUUACUGUCUGUUUAUUGAUGGUACCUGUUUGGUCUUCUUCAUGUGCUAUGAUGAAGUUGAUCCAUGUUUACAUCGUUAAUACAUUCAUCAUUUCUAUUUAUUCAGCAUUUGCCGACUGUUUCUAGAAUGGAUUGUGUAGUAAAAGUAUGAAUAAAAAAUGCAGCAGUACAGUAGAAAAAUCAGCACAAUGCAGUGACAAAAUAUCUUGCUUUUGAAUGAAUAGAUCAUGUGAUUCUAUUUAAAAAAGGAGGGAUGUUUACCCCUAAUUCUGACCAAUAUUUAUCCCUCUAUCAUCUGAUCAAUGUCAAAUUGCUGUCUUUAGAGCUAGCUGUGUGCACAUUGCAUUUUCAAUAUUCCAACAGUAUAACUAUACAUCAAACUAUUGGCUAUAAAACUCUGAGAAGUCAAUGGUCAGAAAAAGUACUGUUUAAUUGCAAGUUUAUCAUUUAUGUGUGUUGCCCGAAACUCUUAUUAAUAGUCUUACUAAUAGUUAUAGCUCAGCUCUACUUGGCUGCAUACUCCAGAUAACUUUUAACAGCCUUGUUAGCCAAGAACCCAAACUAUUGAUCUGGAAAUCAUACUGAAUUCCCAAAUGCACAAUUUUUAGUUCACUGCUGUCUGCAUAUUUAUCUCUGAAAUAUAUUUUCAUAUCCCUAUAUAAUGCAGUACCUCUAUUUCCCAUCUCAACCAAUGUGUUUUGUGGGUAUAAAGAUGGAAAUAUAGAAGAAUGUCUCCCAAAGAUCUGUUAAGCUUAAGGACAAUUGGAAAUGCAAAAUUCAGGUCAACUAAUCAUUGUAAUGUGGGUUUUGAGAGUUAUGAAAGAAAAUUACAUAAAUAAAGUUAAGAUGCGAAUUAGCUGUGAUCUAAUUGAACGGUGGAACAUGCUAAAGGAAAAAUGCUCUUUUCCCUCUUCACAGUACAAGGUUUCUUUAAAGACAAGAAAUGCAGGAGCUAAAUCCAUGAGCAACCUCCUGAAUAUUCAGUAACAAUCUCAUUGUUAAUCUCAGUUGAUACAAAAUUUUAACGAAUAAAAUUGAAUUCAUUGGUCAAGUACGAAAUGAGUUUGAAGUGGAAGAAACAUUUACCUGAAUUUAUUUUGCAUAAAGCUAGGUGAGUCCAAAUAGGGCAUGGUUUCAGGGACCUAAGAUCUUUAAUCUUGAAAUUGGCUUCUACAAAAAUUGAAUGAUUUAUUGUUA